AUCAGAUUAUUUUUUGAAUAAAAAUGGGAGAUUUAAAAGCUACUACAAUAAAAGAUGCAAUAAAAAAUUGGGAAGAUGAAAAUAAGGAAUCUGCAAGUGAAGCUACAAAUAUAUGUUUACAAUUUCAAUGGCCGCCAAUUGAAAAAAUGGAUAAUAAUUUAUCAGUUUUAACUAAAUGCGAAAAAUUAUCAUUAAGUACAAAUAUGAUUGAGAAAAUAAAUGGUCUUGCUGCUCUAAGGAAUUUAAAAAUUUUAUCAUUAGGACGAAACUACAUUAAGGCUUUUACUGGGCUUGAACCAUUAGCUGAUACUUUAGAAGAAUUGUGGAUAUCUUAUAACUUUAUUGAAAAAAUGAAAGGUGUUCUAGGCAUGCGUAAACUUAAAGUUUUACACAUGUCUAAUAAUAAUGUUAAAGAAUGGGCAGAAGUAAAUAAGCUUGCAGAAAUGGAAAGCUUAAAAGACUUUUUAUUUGUCGGAAAUCCACUUUACGACUGUUUAGAUGAAUCUGUAUGGCGUAGUGAUUGUAUUAGAAAGCUUCCUAAACUAGUAAUAUUGGAUGGAGUACCAAUCAUAAGAGAUUAAAAGAAUCUCAAUUGUAAACAAGCAAGUCUAAAUUUACUAAGAACCGUAUAAUUAUUUGAAUAAACCGUCUGGAUGGAUAAUAUCAUAUUAUUUUGAAAUUGCACACAUUAUUCACAUAUUCAAUGAAAAAGACUAAAAAAUCUAAAUCGUAA